AUGGGACCGGGCUCGUCUCCUACAUUUGCCGCUUUGGACCCGAUUGUCGUGGACGACGACGACAUGGCGAACCCUUACCAGGAUACCGACAUGGACUUUCUCGAUACUGCGAGGCUGCAGAUGUCGUCCGAGAGUGCUGGGCAGGAAUUCGAUGAUCUCUUUUCACAUCCGUCAUCCUCCCACACAGUCGCGGAAUCGAACCCCCCGUGCCUUUCCCCGUCAGAGUUGUCGCUCAAGCGAUCGUACCAAGAGCACGAAGCCCUGCGGCAGCCGAAAGUGUUCGCAUCGGAAUCCCCCGCCGAAUCGCCCGAAGACUCUAGCCCCAGCUCCAGUUCAGAAUCACCCCGAAACCACCUCCGAAACACCUCGAUCGCGUCCUCCACAUCUGCGGUUCAUAGCGAGAACACAGUGAUGCCGUUCGGCUAUACGGCUGAUGACCUAGUGAAUCCGGAUUAUGACCACGUGAAGGACGAGUCGCUGUUUGGUUUUGACGCUUCGUUGCCGAACCUGGAAGGCCCAUAUCCCACCGGGGAACCCGAUCUUGAAUCGAGCAACAAAGCCAUGGAUGCCGCUUUCGACUUUGAGAGUGCUGCCAGUAGCCCCAGUCCUUUGAAGUCUGGGGCAACACUGCAACCAAGGGCACUGAAGGGCUCAAAGUCGCGUUUGCGGGGAGCGCCUGCAUCCAUGAAACGAAAGUCUACUUCGCCUCAAAUCCACCACACAACUUCGCUAUUCUUCCCCCACCAUACAAACACUCCCUCCCCGUUUCAACCUUCAGUGAUGCCUCCGGUGAAGUCGCCGUUAAGCCCAUGGGGCGAGCAUUCGCCCUCUUCCUAUCUCGAGGAAAGUUUCGGUGGCAUCAAUAUGAAUGGUAGCUCUCAACCAAACUCGGCUUUCACCUUUUCCCCCAAUGGCCUUCCCUCUGGUUUCGGCAUCGUGCCUUCACCUCCUUUGAGCAACGUGAAGCCAGAACCUACUCAACAUCCCGUCUUAACCGUCCAUCCCACCUCUCUCAAAUCGCGCGUGGAGACGCAAAUACCAAUAAAGCUUACCUUGCACCCAUUACCGCCCGGCGUCAAAAAGCUACGUUUGCCUAGCCAUACGAUUUCGAAACCAAAGUUCCUUGCGCCGCCGGCUGCAGAACGCUCCCCCGACACCGUCGAACUAUACACAAGCCUUUUCUGUACAAGUGCACUACAAGACAAAGACAAGUUGCGGAAAGCGUUGGCAAGAGCAAGAGGCGAAUCGGUACGUCGCUCGUCUAGCUCCUCCCCAAUGGCUACAGAUGAGAGCCAGGAGGAGGAUAAACCUGUCGACGGUGCAGAAGUGAAGAUCUGCUCUAAUUGUAUACAACGGGAACGAAAACGGGCUUUUCGGAAGAAGCAACGGAAACCAGAGGAGGAUGAGCUGUUCCAAAAGCAUGAGGAGAAGCGUGUUAUCGUGUUCAACACCCAUGAGAUCAAAGAUUGGACUGAACCAUCCAAAACUGCCGCUGCAAACGAAGUUCAGGUGCCUGGAGUUCCGCAUGGUGCUAUGCAGGUGGAACUUCCAAUGCGAAUCGCAUGCUACUGCAGGCAUCAAAACGAGAAAAUUGGAUUUCAGGUUAUCUUCACGCUUAAGGAUUAUAAGGACAACGUAAUUGCCCAAGCGAUUACAAAUUCAAUCAUGAUCACAGAUGACCACAAGACGCACGCACCUUCAGGCCCCCCUGCACCCGGCCCCCCGCCCGCUCUGCCGGAUGGAACAGAACUCCCAGGUAUUGGUGUCUUCCCAUCUGGUCCUAGCUUCGAUACAAAGAGAUCGUCUGGAUCUGUGAAGCAGGCGAGCGCCUCACCUUCCGCAACAGAUCUACAGGGUCUCCAGCAAAGAUUAAAUUCGCAAUACCAACCAGGCUCCGGGCCCUUUAUGAAUUCGACGAGUGGUGCAACGCCAUCCAAUUCGCAAGGAUCGCGUAGCCUGUCACGGCAAACAUCGCCCAAUGACUUCCAAGGACCUACGAGUAAACGCCGCAAACACAGCAGUUCUAGCAGACUCCCAUCGGAGUUGACUAUGACUAAACUCGAAAAUGGCCAGCCAUCGGUCAGGGCAUCGAGCAACGAGUCUCAGUUCUCGGCGCCUCGUGGAUUCGCAUCUCCAACGGAAAGGCCAUUUGUUACCUCCGCCGCCAUGUCCAACCACUUCAGCAAUGGUCCAUUGACUCCAACUAACGGCGAAACGAACCCCUUCUUGACGAAUUUGCAGCAACAGCAACACCAGCAGAACUUGGAUAACUUCAUCCAGCAGCAGCUGAUGUCGGCGCCAAAUUCGGCCCAACCUAGUCGCCCGGGAACUCCUGGUGGGUCUGCUAGGAGCGGUUUCCAAGAGCAGAACUUGAAUCUCUCGCUGGGCCCGACCCCGUCUACGCCGAUGUGGCCGGGUGUUACGAGUGCCGGGAAUAGGCUGCCUACGGUGAUUCAUAAAUUAGUUCCCGCGGAGGGUUCUAUUAAUGGAGGAACGGAAGUUACGCUAUUAGGUAGCGGCUUUUACCCGGGCAUGGAAGUUGUGUUUGGUGAUACCCUCGCGACCACAACUACAUUCUGGGGCGAUAAGUGCCUCAACUGCUUGACCCCGCCAGCCCUCCAGCCUGGACAGGUGGUCGUGGUUUUCAAACAUGAGCACCCUAGCUUUAAUCAGCUGCAACAGCAGCCACAACCGCUACUACCGAAGCAACAACAGUUCUUCCGGUAUGUAGAUGAUCGUGAGUUGCAGAUGUAUCGUCUGGCGCUCGGCAUACUUGGACACAAGCUGGGCAACCAGGCCGAUGCCUUCCACACUGCCCAGCAGAUUAUGGGUAGUGAUUACAAGGGGGCGUUUAACCUCCAGAAAGACUUCCAAGGCUCUUCCGGUGGCAACCAACGGCAGGUCCCUGGAUUGGAGUCUCAGGGUAAGCUUGGUGACAUGGAUUCGAAGAUGUUGACUUACUUGGAAUUUAUCGACCUCGAUGACAAUCCUCGCGCGCCAAGAUAUAAUACUCGCUGUGCUACCGGCCAGACUCUGCUUCACUUUGCAUCUUCGUUGGGCCUUACACGAUUUGUUGCUGGCCUGCUCGCCCGCGGUGCCAAUCCAGAUGUGCAGGAUAGCACCGGAAAUACGCCAAUGCAUCUUGCUGCCCUGAACGGCCACGCACACAUCGUCAAUAGACUCCGCCUUGCUGGUUCUAGCCCCAACAUCCGGAGCAUCAGAGGCUUUACCCCCGCCGAUCUCGCCAGCACAUUGCCUGCCCACCAAGCAGCUUUGAUUCCUGCGCGUCACCGUUCGCGUAGUGCUGGGUCGUUGACUUCCCGUCGUAGGCACAGCAGCUCGGCCUCUCUCCAAUCACUCUGGGAGUCCUCGUCAGCGUCGGGUUCGUUCGACCAUACUGUUGAUGACUCUGAAGAGACCUCAGAUGAGGAUGACGAAUUCAGCAUGACGACUUCUCGCCGGCCUAGUACGCAUCAUGAUGCCGUCCCACCACGACAGACGCCAGAGCCGAUUGCCGCAGAGGGUGAGGCGCGACCAUUUUCUCCACCAGCAGCGCUUGUUGCCUGGCGGAAUCAGCUGCAGACACAAAUCAACCAGUUCCAGCAGAGUGUGUCGAAUGCUUUCCCUAAUCUACCGAAUCUUCCGGCUCUGCCACCGAUGCCGGCAUUGCCAGACUACCAGGCACACCCCAUGAUGCGUCGCAUUACGAACCUUGUCCCGCAUCGACCUGGAUCUUCUCGUGGGGCUAAAGAGGGUUGGUGGGAUAUGCUGACUGGCAAUUCCUCACCUGGUUCGCCUGCUUCACCUGGCAACACCGAGCUCCCAUCGUACGACGAGUUGUACCCGCGUAACGAAGGCCAGGGUGAGGAAGAAGUGGAGCGUGCAAAGAAGGCUAGCCUAUUGCAAGCUGCUGCGGAGGCGGCUUUAGACCAACACUUUGAAACACAGGCCAGCUCCUCUAGAGUCACUGGUGGACAAGAGAGGGAAGACCUUCAAGACAUCCGGAUUGGUCGAAAUGUUAUCUCCCGGGAGCAGCAGAAGCAUCUUAGGGAGCAACAAGCUCGACGCAUGAAGGGUCUGGGUAGUGACAGGAAUCUGUACUUCUUCUGGAUUCCUCUUCUCAUUCUGGUGAUCUUCGCCUGGGCUCGAAGCUACAUUCCCGGUAUCUCGCAAGGAAUCUCCGAUGUCUUCGAGUUCGUACAGGACCGCUAUACUACGCAACGCGUGUUGGACGUUGGCACCUAG